AAUACCAGGGAUGACCUGUCGCUGGCUUCAUUCCCGUGCUGCUGGCGGUGAGGUUUUCAAAUCAAUGGGCAUCCCGAUCUAGGUACCCAAGGGUCGAAAAGUUCAACUCAUAAGCUACCCAGCUAUCCAAGAAACAUAAAAUAAUCAGUUCAUCGGAAGACGACAUGUAAUGGAAUCCGAUAUUAUACACCCCCUGAAGGUCUUUGACCUGGCCAAGAGCCAGGGCAGGUUCCUAUAUGCCUGUGCCCCCAUGGUCCGAUACAGCAAGCUUGCAUUUCGUCAGACGGUGUACUCGUACGGCGUCGACCUCUGUUGGACGCCCAUGAUCCUCGCCAGAGAAUUCAACCGGAGCCAUUUUGCCCGAGAGAGCGAUUUCACAAUCUCAACCGCCGGCAACCAGCCGCCGACCAUCGUGCAGUUCGGAGCCAGCUCCGCGCAGGAGCUGUCUCGGGCGUCGUCCCUGGUCGCGCCGUACGUCGGCGGCGUCGACCUGAACUGCGGCUGCCCGCAGUCCUGGGCCUGCGCCGAGAGCCUGGGCGCCGCGCUCAUGGAGAAGCGCGAGCUCGUCCGCGACAUGGUGAUCGAGACGAGGCAGCGGCUAAGGCAGGACGGGUGGGGCGUCGGGAAGGAGAAGGAUAUGGAUAGCCCCACGGGCCGGAGCGUGAGCGUCAAGAUUCGUGUCCACCACGACCUGAGGAAGACGAUGGAUUUCAUAAACACGGUCCUUGGUCCAGAGCAUGACAGGCAUAUAGACUUCCUCACCAUCCAUCCGAGGACGAGGUCAACCCCCUCGACUCUGCCCAUCAACCUCGAGGCUCUCGAGAUAUUGACCUCAACCUUUGGUGAUAAGGUGCCCAUUCUCCUCUCGGGCGACGUCUUCGCCCUGAACGCGCUUCCCUUCUCGUCCCCCCUCCAUCCGACAGCAGCAACCACGCAGACUGCAAACAUCACCCCCGACGGCCCCAAUCAAGAGCCCCGGGACCCAGAAGCAGAGACAGGGACCAAGCUCAGGAACCUCCCCAAGCUAGCCGGGCUGAUGUCCGCCCGGGCCCUCCUAGCCAACCCGGCCCUGUUCGCAGGGCACGCAUCCUGCUCCUGGGAGGCGGUGGAGAUGUUCAUGGCCAACGUGGCGCGGAGCCCGCUGCCGCACAAGCUGGUCGUGCACCACCUGACCGAGAUGUGCGGGCCGGGCAUGGGCCCGGACAAGGGCGCCCUGCUGAGUAGGCGCGAGAGGGUGGCCAUGGGGGCGUGCACCAACAUGUGCGACCUGGUGGACUUCCUGGACGACAAGGUCGGCGUCAGGAACGGGGUUCGGGGGCUUAGGAGGGGCUUGAUUAAACCGAGCUUUUUGGACGGGCGCAUAUAGAUGCCGAAUGGGCUGGGGAUUGGUUAGAUCUCAUUAUUUUUUUUGUCCCGCCGUGAGAUAGAUAUCCAGCGUUGUCUUUUUAAGUCCUGUUAAACCUAGAACUAAAUCUCGGCAUCACAACUGCUCGCGCCAACGCCGCUCUGAUGCCGUGGUAGUGCCAUGAGGCCUACAAGUUACACAAAACCUCCGUGGUUC